UAUCUUGUGCAACCCAGCUGCUCCCAUUUCAACUAGCAGUAUACACUCACAGAGAGAAUCACAAGUUUACCCGCCAUGGAAACACUCAGACAGAGCAUUACAAGUUUACCCACCUUGGAACCUCUUCUCCAAGCGCUGCAACCUUUACCUUUCACUAUUUUCCUCAUUAUUCCUUUACUAUUCCUACUAGGCCUAAUCUCUCGCCUUCGCCGAAGAUUGCCAUAUCCUCCAGGGCCCAGAGGCUUGCCAAUUAUAGGUAACAUGCUGAUGAUGGACCAGUUAACCCACCGGGGAUUAGCUAAACUGGCUAAAGAAUACGGUGGCUUGUUCCAUCUUCGCAUGGGGAACAUUCAUAUGAUGGCUGUCUCUUCUCCUGAUAUAGCUCGCCAAGUUCUUCAAGUUCAAGAUGCCAUUUUCUCUAAUAGACCUGCCUCUAGAGCCAUCAGCUAUCUCACUUAUGACCGUGCAGAUAUGGCCUUCGCUCACUACGGCCCUUUCUGGCGCCAGAUGCGUAAGCUCUGCGUCAUGAAGCUAUUCAGCCGUAAAAGGGCCGAGUCGUGGGAGUCUGUGAGGGAUGAGGUUGAUUUUAUGGUUAAAACCGUUGUAGCCAACAAAGGCAAGCCGCUGAAUGUUGGAGAGUUGAUCUCUAAUCUAACCAUGAAUAUUAUUUAUAGGGCUGCUUUCGGUUUCAAGAACGAAGGACAAGAAGAGUUUAUUCGGAUUUUGCAGGAGUUCUCCAGGCUUUUUGGUGCUUUCAACGUUGCUGAUUUCAUUCCUUGGCUUGGAUGGAUUGACCCACAUGGCCUCAAGCUCAAUUUUAGACUUAUCAAGGCACGUAAAUCACUUGACAGAUUCAUCGAUUUGAUCAUCGAUGCACACAUGCAGAAAAGGAAGCAGGAUAAUGUCUCUGUCUCUGAUGAUAACACUGAUAUGGUGGAUGAUUUGCUAGCUUUCUACAGCGAUGAAGCUAAAGUAAACGAAUCAGACGAUCUCCUGAACUCCUUCAAAAUCACUCGAGACAACAUCAAAGCUAUUAUCAUGGAUGUCAUGUUUGGUGGGACAGAGACGGUGGCAUCGGCGAUAGAGUGGGCCCUGACGGAGUUGAUCAGGACUCCAGAAGAGUUGAAAAAGGUGCAGGAAGAGCUCGCAGAGGUGGUGGGUCUAGAGCGGCGCGUAGAGGAGAGCGAUUUCAAGAAGUUAACAUACCUAAAAUGCACACUGAAAGAGACACUAAGACUUCACCCACCAAUCCCACUUCUCUUGCAUGAGACAGUGGAGGAUGCAGAAGUCGCCGGAUAUUACAUCCCGGCGAAGUCUCGGGUCAUGAUAAAUGCAUGGGCUAUGGGAAGGGACAAGAACUCGUGGGAGGACCCAGAAACUUUCAGGCCAUCUAGGUUCUUGAAAGGAGCGCCAGAUUUUAAAGGUUCAAAUUUUGAGUACAUUCCAUUCGGUUCGGGUCGGAGAUCCUGCCCGGGGAUGCAACUGGGACUCUACGCUCUUGAUUUGGCAGUGGCUAAUCUCCUUCACUGUUUUACAUGGGAAUUGCCUGAUGGGAUGAAACCCAGUGAAAUUGACACCAGCGAUGUAUUCGGACUCACCGCUCCUCGGGCAACCCGACUCAUUGCGGUUCCCAACCUGCGUGUGUCGCCGCCGCUCUAAAAAACACACACAUAUAUAUAAUUAGACAAAGAAAAUAAAUGGAUUUGGAAUAUGGAUUUGAAUUUAGAAACAUUUAGGAAACAGAUGGCAAAACCGUACAGGGUGAAUUUGCAGUGGAUUUUUUUUUUCUCACUUGUAUAAAAGAUAAAUAUAUAUAUAUUGAAGGGAAAAAAAAAAGAAAGGGAGAAUAAUAUCUGAAAAGGUAAUUACCAUGGGAGAAAUGGAAUAUCCAUUUCUCUUUCAUUUACUCUUUCUGAUUUUAGUGGCACUCAAAUAAAGUUUGCAAACUAAAUUGUACCUUGUUUAUUUCUUUCUCUUUUAUAUAUAUAAAAGUUGAUAUG